GGCAGCCAGGCAGCAGCACAAGCAGGCGGACCGGGCCGGGCUGGGUUUCUUCAGUUGAGAGUUGAGGACGGUCCACUGUACUCCGACCGCAGCACCGCGCCGAGAAGCUGAAAAUGAUUUCCUCUGAUAACGUGUCUGGCCGCACCGUGGCGGUGGCGGCCGUGGCUGCCGCGGGCGCCGCGGUGCUGGGGGUGGCGGUGGCGCGCAAGCUGCUCGAGGACAAGACCCCCGCGGAGUCGGACUGGCGGCGCGUCGGCACCGUCUCCACCCUCAACUUGUUCCCCCUCAAGUCGGGCAAGCCCGUCAGCAGCGACAAGAUGCUGGCCGACGAGGCCGGGCCCGCCCUGGGACUUCUCCGGGACAGGUCUUUCAUGGCGAUUGAUCGCACUGGCCGCGCCGUCACUGGGCGCUCCCACCCCGGCCUGCUGACCGUGUCCGUCUCGCCCGUGGCGGGCAAGGAGGGCGUCAUGGAGUUGCGCAGCUCGCUGGUGGACAAGCCCCUGAUCCUGGACACCACCGAGCUCAAGGCGCACUCUGGCCGGAAGGUCGCGAUCUGGCACUCCACCGUGUCCGCAGUGGACUGCGGCGACGAGGCCGCGGCCUUCAUCCGGAAGGUCGCCGUGACCCCCGCGCACCCCGAGGCCUCCGCCGCCGCGGACCUGCGCCUCACCUUCUACCCCUGGCAGCGCACGGACCGCCGCGGAGUCACCAAGAGGGCGCGCGGCAUCAACGGCAUCUUCGCGGACGAGACGGCGUACCACGUGAUCGUCCGCUCGUCCCUCGACGCGCUCAACGAGAAGCUCCAGGUGCCCGUCAGCUCGCUCAACUUCCGACCCAACUUCGUGGUGGACGGGCCGGCCGCCUUCGAGGAGGACGCCUGGCAGUGGGUGCGCAUCGGCCAGGCCGUCUUCAAGGUGAUCAUGCCAUGCGGCAGGUGCAUCCUGACCACCGUUGACCCGGAGACCGGAGUUAAGUCACCCGCCACCGAGCCGCUGGCCACUCUCAGGAAGUUCCGCCACCCGACCCCCGCGCAGAGGGCGCUGAUGCCCCCCGAAGACAGCCACGCGCCCGUCAUGGGGAUCAGGAUGGCUAUCGUGAAGCAGGGCGAGAUCUCCCUCAACGACGCCGUGCACGUGUACCCGUGAGCACCUCGCCGCCCUGCACGCCCUGAAACGCACCUAGUUCUAAGAUCACAUUCCCUGUUAAGCCGAAAUUAAGUAUUGUUUAUUUUUCGUGCUGCCCUGUGCGAUUAUGUUGGUAGGUGACAAACUGUCAUCGGGUGAGUGGGUUAAAAUAAAUUUUCAACAGUUA